CACUCUGAUCGAAGAUUUUUUGGGUCUGUCGAGCAAAACAAUUCGCAACGUUAUUUUUCACAAUUGGAUGGAUACAGGAUUYGUGUUUACCGUGUAUGUCUUGCACCUAACCCGGGGUUGAGAACACAGCAYACAAUCGACUAGCACUGAUCCUUGCGAUGGCAAUGAUGAUGACAAUGUCAAUGACGACGACGAUGACGAUGGUGAUGCGAUCUUGGUUGCUCUUGCAAAUCCUCUCCCUCUCGUCCCUCGUCGGGAACAGCACGGCGCUGCAGACGCCCUCCGGCCGCUGCGCAGCUUCCGCUUCCKAUGCGAUUCGCUCGGUGGGCCGGGGCCACCGGGGACCGCGCCCGGCCAGCAAGCUGCGGGGCUACUACGGCCCCGGAGACGACGGAAUGGAGAUGGAGCGGGAAGAGCAGCGGGAACCUCGCCCGCGGCCCACGAUGGACCCCCCGACCGAAACCGCCUUUGAUUUCCUGGGGCCGAAAUCGAUCCCCGAAAAGCCAAAAAUCGUGGUGCUGGGGGCCACCGGACGGGUCGGGAGGCACGUCGUGCGCCAGCUGAUGGAAAUGAAGGACGUGGACAUGGAAAUCGUGGCCUUUGUCCGGAGCUUCGGCAAGGCCACCAAGGUCUUGUACGAGGACGAGUUCAUGCCCGUGCUCGCGAAACGCAGCAGCAACCCGCGGGGCCCGAAGCUCACGAUCGUCAAGGGAGAUCUGGUUCCGCCCGAGGAACUCCCGGGAUUCGUGCAGGARGACACCGAGGAAGACCUCCUGUGGAGGGAGCGGGCCGAAUCGGCGUCCCUCUUUUACGGAAACGGGAUCGAGGACUACGACAACGGCCUCCCGGACGUCAACGAGGCCCUGGAGGACUCCAUCCGGGACUGCACCACGAUCAUCAGCUGCGUGGGCUCCGUUCGUCGCACCCACCUCUGGCACGACGUCCUGGCCAGGCCACUGGUACGGCUGCUCGGAGCGGACGUSAGCUCCUGGUGCCGGGACGGCAGGCACCCGUACUACGUUAGCUACGCCUCCACCCGCAAGGCCCUCGGGUACGCCGAGCGGGAGCAGCUGCGCCGCGAGGCCGCCGCUUCGGCCGUCGCGGAGGAAGAGGGCCUGGACCAGGACGAGAUCCACGUGCCACGGAUCCGCUUCGUCCGGAUCUCCGACCUCUGCGUCGGAAACCGACCCUGGGACAUCGUCCCGGUCGUUGCCAAYGCCGUUCACUCCCUCGUCUUUCGGUACCACGAGAUGGCCGAGCACCUCCUCGAAGAAAGCGCCCUGGUGGAGUCGGUCGUUCUGCGCCCGGGGGACCUGGUGGACGAGGAGCGCGAUCCCAAGACCACCUCCGUUCAGGUGUCCUGCACCGGCCGGGUGCCGGGCCCGGCACUGGUGGGGAGGGAGGACGUCGCGGCCCUCGCGGUGGCCGCCGCCACCUUUGUGACCCAGAACAAGACCAGCRACGCCGAUCCAGACGCGGGGCGGAGGCCCGCGGACGCCUUCCACUAUACCUUUGGCUGCCGGUGGGUGGGCGAGACCCUCGAUUCGUAUCCCCCCCAGGGACGCAAGAGGGACGGCCACGAGAACCCCUUUGUUGCCUUUCGGCGGGCCCUGAGGACACAGCGCCAGAACGAACGGGAACAGGAACGGGCGGAGCGCAUCAACAGCUACGAGAAGAGGGGCUCGCACCCCACCGACGGGAUUCCCAGCAUGGCAGAGAAACUCGACAAGCGGCGGCAGAAACGCCGGCGGCCCAAGCCCUACGGGGUCUGCGUUGCGAUUCCGACGUACCUGCUCCUGGCCCUGUUCGCCAGGGUGGCAAUCCUUUCGGCCCUACAGCUCGUCCCGGGCGGAAAGGAAAUUGCCCUUCCCUGGCUGGACCGGGGAAGGGAUCGGGUGGUCCUGGAAGUUUCGUCGCUGCUGCGCCGGUUGCUCGUCCUCCUGCCAUCGAUGGGUCGGCGGAAACCCUCCUUCAUCCGGAUCUGAACGCUCUCGGCCAGGCUAGGCCAGGCCAGAUCCG